CGCUCGGCUGUAGGGCUCCAGGCUUGCGGCGGCUUGAUCGUGGUUCCCCAGUGAAAGCUCCAGCUCGACGCGAUGAGUGAGACCGCUAUCUCAUUCGCCAAGGAUUUCCUGGCCGGUGGGAUCGCAGCUGCCAUUUCCAAAACAGCUGUCGCUCCCAUCGAGAGAGUCAAACUGCUUCUGCAGGUGCAGCAUGCCAGCAAGCAGAUCACCGCUGACAAGCAGUACAAGGGCAUCAUCGACUGCGUGGUCCGAAUCCCGAAGGAGCAGGGCUUCCUGUCCUUCUGGAGAGGAAACCUGGCCAACGUCAUCAGGUACUUCCCCACCCAGGCCCUCAACUUCGCCUUCAAGGACAAGUACAAGAAGAUCUUCCUGGAUGGCGUGGACAAGCACACCCAGUUCUGGAGGUACUUCGCGGGUAACCUGGCCUCAGGUGGGGCAGCGGGUGCCACCUCCUUGUGUUUCGUCUACCCCCUUGACUUCGCCCGAACCCGUCUGGCGGCCGACGUGGGCAAAGCUGGCGCAGAGAGGGAGUUCACAGGGCUGGGGAACUGCCUGGUGAAGGUGUUCAAGUCUGACGGCCUGAAGGGGCUGUACCAGGGCUUCAACGUGUCUGUGCAGGGCAUCAUCAUCUACAGAGCGGCCUACUUCGGCAUCUACGACACCGCCAAAGGUAUGCUGCCCGACCCCAAGAACACUCACAUCGUCGUCAGCUGGAUGAUCGCUCAGACCGUGACCGCGGUCGCCGGCCUCACGUCCUACCCCUUCGACACGGUCCGCCGACGUAUGAUGAUGCAGUCGGGACGGAAAGGAGCGGACAUCAUGUACACGGGCACGCUGGACUGCUGGAGGAAGAUCGCCCGGGAUGAGGGCGGAAAGGCCUUCUUCAAGGGAGCCUGGUCUAACGUGCUGAGAGGCAUGGGCGGGGCCUUCGUGCUGGUCCUGUACGACGAGCUGAAGAAGAUCAUCUAAGUCUUUUUGUAUGCUGACCGUUAUUGUUGAAUGGUAAAUGUAACAUAUCUUGUACAUUUGGAAGGACUGUCAUGUUCCGCCUUAUUUAUAGGGACCAACUAGUAUUUCAUUACUAGUUGUACUGGGGGAAUAAAUGUGUGCUUUCUCUUCCAAUGCCCCCCCCCCCCCCUUGCACCAUGUCAUUCCCAUAAUAGACCCUGCCGGGGACACCAGAGUUCUACCUGUCACCAGCCAGUCUGUUUUUAUCCACCGGUUUAAUAAAACGCAACCUACUGAAUGAACCUCUA